AUGGCUUCCUCUGAUGCUGUCGUCUCACACACCACCUUUGAUGUUCUCCAGAUCGGUCGGUCUUCCCAGUUCGUCGUCGGCCGCCUUCUCCGCUCUUGGGACUCGAAAAACAUCAAGAAGCAAGGCGAAUUUAUGGGGAUCACCCUGCUUUUGCUUGAUGAAAAGGAUGCUCUCAUUCAUGGGUUCAUCCCUGCUGCUCAGGCCAGUUUCUACAGGCCAUCGUUGCUUGACGGUUCUGUUGUCAAGGUCUCACGGUUUGAAGUGUCAAGAUCCCCAACAACAUAUAAAAUCACAGAGCAUCCUUUUGUCAUCAGGUUUCUUCCCCAGACCACCAUUGAUCAAGUCCUCGAGAAUACUCAUGUUAUCAACGAACAAAAGUUCAUGCUGAGGCAGUAUGAUCAUCUCCAGGCUCUGGCGAACACAAACAUAGAACUUCCAGAUGUCGUCGGCCAGAUUCAAUUGGGGCAAGGAUCUGAUCUUGAGAACGAGGGAGUGAUGACUCGAGUUGUUUUGCGCUUCAUGAUUGCACCGUCUGUGGUGGUGUAUCUAUCUUCAUGGGACGAGGCAGCCGGAAAGUUUCGAGGUAUCAUCGCCUCAGGUGACAAAACUAAAGCUGUAAUGGUCGUCACCACUGUUAAUCCCAAACUCUUUGGAGGGAGAGAGUUUGUAUUCAACAUCAGUGCAAUCCCAUACCAUUUAAUCACUAACCAAAGUUCAUUCUCAGUCUCAGGAAUCAGUGAAAGCAACAAGGAGACUAUAAGCACUUCUCAAGGACCACCUAAUGCAGUCAAGAGUGGAGAAUCAUCUUCCGGAACACACUACAACAACUACACACCUGCAGUGGCAAAAGACGAUGGGGAACCAACCAGGGAAUGA